AUGCAGCGACCACCAGGCAGGCCGAGUGUCGACAUAAUUCCCGAACAACUCCUGGAUAUCCCGGACACGCACUCCCGCUCCUUACACUGGCUGUUUAGCAAAGACGGUGGAUACGUGACUCGCCUCAAGGAGGAUUAUCUGCAAGACACACCGCAUGACCUAUUUACAUCUGCGAAAGCCGAGGCAAGAAUUAUGAGGGAAAUUGCAGACUGGUUACAGUCGCAAGAAUGCGAUGAGUUCUGGACGCCCAGAGCACGGCAGCCUCGUAGAGCUCUUCCUACAGCGACCCAACUACUCAGACAAUUAGAGGACCACGAAUUCCUACCGGCUAAAUCUCCAAACAAGACAGCUGUCUUCGAGGCUCUUCUUCACGUCAUCGCCUUGCAAUUGCUAGCAGCUUCCUAUACCCACCUACCCCCUUCGAGCGCAAAUCACAUUCCUCUAUUCCAGCAUCGCAAAGAGACGAGAUUUGUUACAGCCCUACGCUUACAUGCCCACUAUCGCUUUUCUCCAGCUGCGGGUCACCAAGCUCGCCCACCUUCCGAGACUGAAUUAUGGCCUGGGCUUUACACGGGGCCAUCAACUGAAGAGAAGCUGGCGAAGCACGUCAGCCAGCGACGCAGAUUACGGAAGCAAAACAGCCAGUAUGUCCCACAUUUCGCAGCAAGUACAUGGACAGACGGGCCAUCAGCGAUAAUCACACAUAAAAAAUCACAGAGCUCCUCAUCGCGAAAGAGUUCCAGUUCAUCAUCUAAACCUGGGUUCUUUUCAAGAUUAAUAUGCCAGGCAGCAGUACCAAAAAACCAUCGGCGGAGGCAUAACGCCAUGUUCCUGAAUCGCAUCUCCUCGAAGCCAAAGAAGCGAAAACAGUUGCAAUCUGAACACAAGCACGAUGGUCGUUCCGAGCGUCAAUAUGUCAGUUCGCAACCCGUUCAGCGUAUACCCUCGGUACACCGUCUCCGUCAUACGCAAUCUGCCCCGCGCAUUGAAGUAGAUGCAGAAGAGGCAUAUGUCGAAAGUCCACAUGACAGAAAACGUCACGGCUCAGAUCCGUCUAUUGGCAGUCCACUCGACUACUCUUUUCAGAUACCUCAGAUCCGCCGCACAUCUAUAACACCAAGCGCAAGUUGGUGCCCAGGAUCUUCUGAGGAGGGCAUGAUGCGUGCUUGCGGACGACAUGAUUUUAUCACACCAGAAGACUAUUUUGACGAUAUGCCAGAGACGCCAGAAUUUGACGUCCCCAGCAGUCCCGGUGGAAAAUACCCCAUUGGCGACACAGAUACACCGGCUCCUCUGAUCACAUCCGCUGUUGACUACUUCGCCGAAGUCUAUGCCGACAAGCACAUCACCCAUCAAACUGGCGAUCACGAUAUCGUCGGAGGAGAACACAGCGACGCUGGCCCAGAGAUCGAAGACGAACCAAGCCUGCAAAAGAUGCCGGGCGGUGUAGUGACUACGCCCAGCGAGGAUAAGUCAAGUGACAGCGAUAUGGAGAGAACCAAGAAAAGAAAGGGUAUCGAAGAAUCAGAGGCUACAGCUUAUGAGAUUGCAGAACGUUUCCGAAAUAAAACAGGAGAUGGGAUCGACCAUUCCACGGUCAAAGUGGUUUGGUGA